AUGGGAAGUCCGCUUGGCGGAGGAGCGCCGGUCUCGACGUGCGACACGCCGAUCACAACGCCAAUUGCUGUCGAGGUUUUAGACCUGGCUCUUAGCCCCACGCAAGCCAUGCACCACUUACACCACUGUCAAUCCAUAUCGCCACGUCUCACCUCCCGCGACGGCUUCGCAAUGGCGCGAUUACCGAACCUUCUAACGCGCGAGAACCCUUACAGGUCUCACAAACCCUUAUGCGAUCGACGAAUUGUCUUACCUCGGCGAGAACAAGCAACACGAGCUCGACGAGGCCACUCAAUUGGCUCUGAAAGGCUUCACUCCAUCUCAACGUACCUUUGCUGUUGA